AUGUCUGCUUACGAUUGUUGCUUCAAAACCAUUUUCCACUCUGGAGAGCCCAAGGGAAAGCAUACUGACUUUUUGGGAUAUGAUACCUAUCAAACUGGCGAUAAGAACUCUUCCAAGAUCAUUGUGAUUCUAACUGAUGUCUUUGGCCACAGAUACAACAAUGUUCUCUUGAUAGCUGACAAACUCGCCGAGGCUGGCUACUAUGUUGUAAUUCCUGAUUAUUUGGAGGGAGGUAAUGUUACCUUCAGCCAAAACGACCCACAAUAUGCUGCUAAAAUCCAAAAAUGGCUUGACUAUCACAACUUAGAGAAAACAAAACCUAUUGUUGACGAUUUUUUCAAAAAACUAAAAGACUCUGCUAAGUAUAAGUUCAUUGGUGUCACUGGCUACUGCUUUGGAGGACGAUAUGCCAUCCAGCAAAUCUCUGAUACUGGUUAUGCUGAUGCUGCUGCUGUUGCUCAUCCCAGUUUAGUUCAAAUCGAGGAAAUUCAAAGUGUCUCAAAACCGUUAUUGAUAUCUGCUGCUGAAAUUGACAAGACCUUUACAAUCGAGUUGAGACACCAAUCUGAAAAGGUUCUUGCUGAAAAAGGCGCCAUCUAUCAAAUUGAUCUAUUUGGUGGAGUCGUCCAUGGUUUUGCUGUCAGAGGUGAUUUGUCUGAUGCUAGAAUUCAAUAUUCUAUGAACAGAGUUAUCUCAGAUCAGAUUUACUGGUUUAAUUUCUAUUCAUAA